AUGAAGUUCUACUUCCAGGUGGUGACGACGCCCACCGCCGACACCCCCGGCACGUCUGUCCUUCUCUACUUUCCCGAUAAGCGGUAUUUCUUCGGCCAAAUUUCCGAAGGAACUCAGCGAGCAUGCACCGAGCGUGGCGUCCGGCUGUCCUACCUCACCGAUGUCUUUCUGACAGGCCGGAUGGAAUGGGCUAAUACGGGCGGGCUCAUCGGCGUGAUUCUCACGCAGGCGGAUACCCUCGCCAGUUCCACUGCAGCCAUCGAGACGGCCGCGCGCGAGAAGCAGGCCCGUCGACAGAACAACGCUAAGGAUGGAUCUACCCAGCCGCAGAAGUUGGAGCAUGGCGUUCCCUACGCCGUGGAAGAUGGUCAGGCGGUCGCCCAGCGGGGCAGACUGACGAUUCAUGGGCCGCGGAACCUGGCACAUACGCUGGCGACGGCGCGGCGAUUCGUCUUCCGGAAAGGGAUGCCCGUAUACACGAAGGAGUACGACUCGGAGACCAUGGCAAGGACGAUGCCGGGGACCGAGGACCCGUUCGAGAACCCUACGUGGUCCGAUAGUAACAUCAAGGUGUGGGCUAUGCCGAUUCGCCCGGCGACGUCGCUCCCGCCGAAAACCGCGUCGCGUCAGCCCAGCCCGCAGAGUCCGCGGAAGAGGAGUUUGGAUGAAUAUGAGGAGCGGAACGUUCCGUUGGACCCGAUGGAUGAGCACACCAAGAACCAGAUUAUGAGACAGACCGUUAUCACCGACAUGUUUAACUCUACGUGGAGGAUGGAUGCAUUGGUUGAAACCCCCCUUGCCGAGGUGAAGAUGCCUGCAGUGAUGUUCGUUCGCAACCCUGAGACCAAGGACCUCGAUCGAUACACGGGACCUCUUCCCGGUAGUGGCGAGCCUCUCCCCGAUAUUAAGGUGCUUGUUCGCCAGCCGUGGCCUGGAGCGACGGUGGAGAAACUCCCUCCCACGACGUGGUGCGACGAGGCUGUCUCGUAUAUCGUGCGAAACCACGACAUCAGAGGGAAAUUCCGCCCGGACGUCGCGAAGAAUUUAAAUGUGACUCCUGGGCCCGACUAUGCGAAAUUGGCGAGAGGCGAGAGCGUCUUGUCCAAGGACAAUCAGACCAUCACACCGGAUAUGGUCCUGGGUCCCACGCGGCUCGGGAAAGGACUUGCGAUUAUCGAUCUGCCUACACCGGAGUACGUGGACGGGCUGGUUAACCGGUCAGAAUGGAAUUCACCCUCCGUGACGACGAAUUUGGAAGCCUUUCUCUGGAUCCUAGGCCCUGGAGUGGGUGACCACCCCCGUCUGCACGAGUUUGUUGCCAAGAUGUCCCACUGCAAGCAUACCGUAUCGAGCUCCGACUAUUCCCCGAACUACCUGUCGUUGGCAAGUGUUGCAGGGUCAUCGGUGCGCAUGGCGCAGUUGCGGAAAGAGAACUUCCCCGUGCCAGUUCACGACAAUGUGACGAUCCCCCAGCCUGGAACUCCCACGGCGGGAACAGAGAUUGCAAAAAUCCCAUCUUUCGAACCUGUCGAACCAGGUCUUGUCAUCGACAUGGAGCCCAAGUUCGUCCUGAACCGUUCGGAAGUCAUGCCAUUGUUCAAUACGUCGAAAAUCGCGAACAAGAUGCCCCGGGCUGUUGACCAACGAAUGCGCACAAUUCAGAAGCGAAUCAAGAAGCCCGAGUUCCAGCAAAAACUGGAGGACUACCGCAAGGGCCUCCCCGGCGCUGAUGUAGAGAUCAUCGCUCUUGGCACCGGAUCGUCCUCUCCAUCCAAAUACCGGAACGUAUCCAGCACUCUCCUGCACGUGCCUGGCUACGGCUACUACCUCCUUGACUGUGGAGAGAACACGCUGGGCCAGCUGAAGCGUGUCUUCGAGCCCGAGCAACUCCGAGAGGUCCUCCAGAACCUUCGCAUGAUCUGGAUUAGCCAUCUGCACGCAGACCACCACUUGGGUACGGCGUCUUUGAUUCGGGCCUGGUUCCAUGAGAACUACCCCGACGGCGUCCCCCACACGACCGCCGUGGAGACUGACAUGGCCAAGAUCCUGAACGAGAAGCGUCUCUUCGUGGUGUCUGAAGAAAUGAUGGUCGGCUGGCUUGAGGAGUAUGCUGGCGUGGAGAACUACGGAUUUGGCAGGCUGAUCCCUCUCAGCGCCAACCCAGACCUAACCAACGGCGUCUACCGCACUGAGCUUCUUUACCGUCACUGCCGUGCUGAUGGCUCCUACCCAGGUAGCGAGUCCGACGAAAAACCCCAAAUCACUUCUCUCCGCCUCGACGAUGACACCUCCCCUCUCACCCCGCUCCUCCGUAAAGCCACAGGUCUCUCCAACCUCCUCGCGACGAAGGUCUCACACUGUCGCGGCGCUAUGGCCGUCUCGCUCGUCUUCCCAGACGGCUUCAAAAUCUCCUUCUCGGGCGACUGCCGUCCAUCUCCGAUUUUUGCGGCUGUCGGCCACGGCUCGACUGUGCUCAUUCACGAAGCCACUUUCCAGGAUAACAUGCAAAUGUCCGCCAUUGCAAAGAAGCACUCCACUGUCGCCGAGGCUCUUGAAAUUGGCCGUCGAAUGGAAGCCCGCUCCAUCCUGCUCACCCAUUUUAGCCAACGCUACCAGAAGGUCGCCCACCUGGACAAACAGGACGCGUCCGUCGCCGCCAAACUCGACCGUCAGGUCGUCACUGAUCAGCCUCCAGUUUCCAACGAUGUUCCUGACAUCCCGGACAAUGAGCCCGGCGAUGCAGCCCCGGAACUCCAGGGGCCUGUGGACUCCGCGCCCGAUGCUGAACCCCAGCUGCCGUUGAAGGCGCCCGUCGUCGCUGCCUUCGACUACAUGCGCGUCCGUGUCGGCGAUAUGCCGCUUGCGCAGGCAUAUGCGCCCGCCGUCGGAAAGCUGAUCGAUAUCUUCGAGCGCGCUUCCGCCCAGGAGACCGAGAAGGCAAAGCUGGAGCUCGAAAAGCAGAUGGCGGUCAAGGCGGAAGCGAAGAAGUCCAAGAAGAAGUUGAAGCAGGAGAAAUUGGCGGCUGAGUCCGCUAAAGCUGCCAAGCCGGCUCAGCCUGCCGAUUCUACGAAACCUGCUGGGUCGGAAUCUGCUGUACCCGCCGAGGCGCCAGCGGACGCGAACAAAGAGCCGAGCAAGUCCGUCUGGAGCGCCAGCGAAAGCGAAAGCGGUUGGGAUACCAGCGGCAGUGACAGUGAAGAUGCAGCACUGUCUAAUGAAAAGAAGCAGUAA